GGCCGCGCACGCGCAGUGACUGACUGAGCCUUAUCAGUGCUAGCAGAGCAGUAUGGAUGCUCUGGUUGUGAUGCUACAUUUAAAGCCUUGCUAGACAGCUAGUUAUUCACCUGAUUCAAGUAAGUGACUCUACCCGAAUGUGCCAGUGAUAUACAAAGAGUGGUCCGCAUUUGGUUUGUUUGUAUGACGCGGAAUGAGUUGCUACGGCUAACGUUAGCCUGUUAUCUAGCUAGGCUAAACAACAAAACGCAGCGAACCGAAGGACAGCCGCCAAUAAACACUAAAGAAGAAGAAGGUGCGAGCCAAACCCCCGGGUUGAGUCCGAGCUGGUUUAGAGCAACUGUUGUCGCGUUUUCUGUUCAUAUAUCGCAGGCUCGAAAUGGGGAAAGGCUGUAAAGUUGUGGUGUGUGGCCAGGCAGCAGUUGGAAAAACUGCCAUAUUGGAACAGUUGCUGUACGGAAAUCACACUGUAGGCUCUGAGUCCAGUGAGACCCAGGAGGAUGUGUAUGUGGCCUCAGUGGAAACUGACCGCGGUGUGAAGGAACAGCUGAGGCUUUAUGACACCAAAGGCCUCCACGAUGGACAAGACCUCCCCAAACACUACUACUCAGUGGCAGACGGCUUUGUACUCAUCUACAGCGUUGACAGCUUGGAGUCUUUCAAGAAGGUGGACAUUCUGAAGAAGGAAAUAGACAAGUCCAGAGAUAAAAAAGAGGUGACCGUCAUAGUGCUGGGGAAUAAGACGGACUUGCGAGAGUGUCGUCAGGUGGACCAGGAGGUGGCGCAGCAGUGGGCGCGAGGCGAGAAGGUGAAGCUGUGGGAGGUCAGCGUCACCGAACGCAACUCCCUCAUCGAACCCUUCACGCAGCUGACCAGUCGCCUCACACAACCCCAGAGCAAGUCCGCCUUCCCUCUGCCGGGACGCAAGAGCAAAGGCACCCCGUCCAAUGACAUCUGAAGAUCCCCUCACUAACCUGUGCUCCUGUUAGUAGGCUGCAUUCACCUCAUGUGGGAAUAACGAGCAGGACAAAGUGGACAGGCCUUUAGUUCAGCAGCAUGACUGUUGAGGUCCGAGGUGUUGCUAUUCCUAUUUGUGAGCUUUGGGCAGAGUCAGGCUAGCUGUUUCUCUGCUUCCGGUCUUUAUGUUAACCUAGCCCAAACACAUCCCGACUCCAGCUCUGUAGUGAACACACAAACGUGAGAUUGAUGGUGCCAAAGAAAGCAAAUACGCAUAUUUAAUGUUUAACUAAUCCAAUGAGGAUGCAGGCUGUUGUGUCAACACGAAGCCUAACAGAAGUGUGAACCACAAACCAAAUCUACAUCGGUAACAUCUCCUCUCUGUACAGUGUGCUGGCAAUCCUUUUUUAUCAUGGGAACACCGCCUUUAAAAACUUAGCAUGUACAAGCACUUUAGUACCAAAGAUUUGAGACAACCAAAACACAGAUAUCGUGGAUUCACACUUUUGGAUUGUGAUUGGGAGUUGCGCUCUAUGUUCUCUGUCCUUUUCAACUGAAAUGUAUAUGCCAUUCAAACUUAAAGGAUACUUCAGAUUUUUUUCAAGUCUAUCUUAUGUUAGUACAAUUCUCACAUGCAGAUUUAAAGAGUUAUCGGUAGCUAUGGCGAUUUCCUCGUCUCUAUCCCAGGAACUACUACGAUGAUAAAAGUGAGGGACUAAACCGUCAAAUCCACUGAUAAAAGCUUGUCAGUUUCUCUCGGCUUACAUUGGAUUUGUGCCAGGAGGGGGGAUUGUACAAAAACAGAUCUGAAAGUGUCCUUCAAGCUCUGGCACCAAACCCUUGACUUUAUGUAAAUGCUGCAGUGUUAUCAAACAGGAAUCUUGUACCUGUAAUGUUAUUCCCCAUCUGAAGUGAAUGCAGCACGAGUCCUUGUCCUCUGGCAGGACUCAGCUAGCCUUCGUCCAGUCCACCUCACAUAUUAAGUAUGGCCUGGCAGCAAUAAUACUCAUGGGUACUGCCUUUACUUUUUUGUCAUGUCUGUACAGCGUUAGUUGCACUCCUGUGUCGUCCAGCCCGUAUAAUCCUUUCUAACAGUAGAAAUGAAAUAUUUAUUUUGUAACUAAUUUAUUUUUGUCACUUUAUUGAGCCACAUUCCUUGACUUUUGAAAAUGGUGAAACAAUGUGAAAGAUAAUCUGCGCUGGUUUCUGGUGUCCUUAAUGUUUCAAAGUAAUAACAUUUAAUGUGCUGCUAGUAGAACAGAGUUAGUGAGAUCAACAUUUGCACUCUGUAAUCACGCUAACCCUAAGUUAUUCUCUGCAGCUCUGUUUCAAGAUGCACUGAAUAAAAUGUAGCCUCUUCAUAUUUAA